CGGAACAUAAGCGAAGUGUCAUCAGACUUUGACAAGAAUCCUCCUUAUAGUACAGUGCGGACUGGCAGCAGAGAACAGCGCGAAGGUCAUGCUACUGCUGCCGCUGAUGCUGCUGUUGCAGCAUGCGGCCACGGCUCCUCCACAGGAACCAGCGGUUCCGUCUUGGAAUAACUUCAGGGCGGCAGUCAACCAGCAGAGUCUGCACACUGUACUGGUAUCAAUUGAAGAAAGACUACGAGCCCUUGACACACUAUAUUCACCAAGAUACACACCAAGAUGGGAGAUCAGUAUCGAACAACAAUCCAGAAGGAUGGAGACAAUCGAGUCACGACUCGGACGAUUGGAAACACUGUUAGAGCUGCGACUGGACAAGUUAUCAGAGACAAUGAGCGCAAGACAACUGAAGGAGGAACUGUCGAGAGAUCAAAUUAACCGGAAACUUGAUUCAACAUAUGAACGCCUCAACCAUCGCUUGAGCUACUUGGAGGCAAGGCUUGAUGUAAGCGUUGCCAAAUUACAGUCAACUAUUGACACAGGUGUAGGGAGAAUGGAACGUCUUGAAGCAACAGCUGCAGGACGUCAAGGUGAUAUAGAAGCAGAACUGGCUGACAUUGAGACAGGAAUUGAUGAAAUUAAGAAACAUGUAACAGCAUUUGAGGAGCAACAUAACAGAAGUCUGGUAACAAUAUUAGAAAAUGGGAAGCAGAUAGCAACAGAAAUGGAUAAUUUAACAACACUGGUGGAAGAUCUUCAUGUGGAGUUCAACAAAACACAAGCAGUAUCUGAGCUGAAUGAUGAUCAGGGUACAAAUCAUCAAGAGGCACUGAGGAAAAACAUGAAUCUACUGGUUGAUAAAGUGAUAAGCGGCAUUGACAAAAAUGCCAACAACUUUAUCACUAAGGCAAACAACAUGUACAAUGACAUGUGGCGGCGUACCCAGGUGCUGGAGGGACUUGUGAAGGACUCCAUGUCCCUAUCAAAUGCUACAAGGCGAGAGCUGCAGGAUGGAAUACGGUCUAUUGCAGUUCAGAUGGGACGACGUGGUCUAGUCCAGUCGGACAGAGACAGGCAAGAAGGUUCAAUGGAUAUAGCUCUAGACACACUGGGGCUAGUUCAGAGAAGAUUGAAUGAGCUUGGAAGAAAGUUUGAUUCCAGCUUCCAAAUGCUGAUGCUUGCGCAGAAUUUAUUCCUUGAGAGCUGUCAUCGUAUUCAGCUAGAUGAGCCACAACUAGAGAUGAAACUCACAAAGGUGCUUGAGAGAAUAUUAGAUGCCAUCACUAACAGGAGUGUGAACACAGACUGUGAGGUACAGACACUCCAAGAAGUAUUUAAAUCUCACAGUAGUCAUCUAACAAGAAUCCUCAAUCAAGCAACCAACAAAAUUCUUCAAGCUUCAGAGCAGAAUAAUGAGGACAGCAAACUUCUUCAGUUGUCAAUAGCCAGUGUCAAAGACCACCUACUUGAAAGUAACAAGUACAUUGUAGAGGCCAUCACAGAUAUCAAAGAGGAGGAAGCAACAGGCACCGAAAGGCUCUUCAACAUUGCAGCCAGUUUGCAGGAACUCCAAGAAUCAGUUGCUGAAAUAUCAACCAGCAACAAAGCAGCCAAACAAGAGAGAGAUAAAUACAAAGAUGAUGUUGGAGAUUGUCCAGACAGUGAACAAUUAGUAGUAGAAAUUUUGGCAGAGCUGAAAAGAAAUGGCAUUACAAUAAACCAUAAAACAGCAAAAGAAAAUACAAUGGCUGAGACAAACACAGGCAAAGAUAUAGAAAUUGAAUUUGAUAGAAAUGACUUAUCUGGGACUGAGGAAGGAUUUGGAGAAGAGAAUGCUGAAGCAAUUGUAAGAAACACAGGCAACAGCGAAGCAGAAUCAACACUACUACAAAUUAUAAAACCUCCCGAGAAUGUAUCAGAAGCAGAGGAAACCUUAAUGGAAAAUGCAGAGCUUGGUUUAUCCACUAGAAACACAAACCUUACACUGAAUUCAUCUUCAUUUCAAGGACAACAUCGAUUUGAUUUACAAAUAAAUAAAAAUUCCACCAUGGAUGAAGCAGAAAGGGCCAAACCGGCACAAGUAAUGAUUCAAAUCAUUCCCCACAAUAUCAGCCUUCAACUGGGUAACAGUAUUCGUGAUCCAUUGCUUGGACUUAAUUUGCAUAAUGUUGCCGCUGUAAUCCAAAAUUCAGAUUCAACAGUCAUUCAACAGAGGUCACAACCAGAUCUUGCAACUGUCCAUGAAACUGCCUCCAGUGACAAAAACAGUACAUAUGUUACACAAAUAAACAAAGAUGACACAGACACAGAAGCUGACAGGGACUUGGAGCCUGAUGCAAAUGCAUUAUAUGAAGAACAAAAUUAUAUUAAUGGAACAUCUGCACAUAACCAAUCUGAGAAAUCUGACGUAGCAGACAGGACAGAAGCACACAGAAGUGGAAUAUUAGUUGCAAGAAAUAAUGAAGAAAUAACGAGGAACUAUUCAUCAAAGGUUUCAGAGCCUCCUCAAAAUCCUGCAAUAACAAUUUUAGUAACAGACAAAGAGAAAAAUGAAAAUUUGUCAAUAACAGUCAUUAAAAAAAACAGAAGCAAUGACGUGACUCACCUGUCUGAAACCAAUCUUCCUACCAAUCACUCAAGCUAUAACUCCAGUCACAGGGGUCAAACAUUUAACAUUUCUGACAAAGAACACAUUAAAACUUAUGGCACAAUAUCUGUUACAAACAUAACACACACAGCACUAAACAGUGUAACAGAAUCCAAUUCAAACAAUACAGCCACUGUAUCAGAGGGUCCAGUAACAGAUCCUCUCAAAAGAAUAACAGAACUUAAUGUUCGUGAAGGAAAAGGUAACCUAACUAUUGAAGAGUUCUGGAGAGUUUUACAACUGGCAAAAAAGCAACUCGAUGAACAUGGUAAAAAUGACACAAUGACAGUAAACAACCUCAUCACUUUCACACAAAAUAGCAAUGAAAAUCGAGAUCCUGAACAGGUAAAACAUAAACCUUCAAUGCUAUUUAGCACAGAUGCCAUUAAAAAUCCAGUUUCUGCAAUGAACGAUACUGAAGACCAACAUUAUGACGUUCAGCGACACGAGUACCUCAGCAGACUUCAAGAUCUCGCUACAGAAUUGGCAAGCAGGGCAAAUGGUUCAUUUGAAGUAAAAGAUUACUUCAACUUCACAAACACAACAGAUGAAAUAAGCGAUGUCACUUCAGAUGAAGGAAACAAUGAGUAAACAGAGGAGAAAAGUCCGUAUGAAGAAGUAAAUAUCACUGCAAUGGAAGAGGGAAGAAACGCAUAAUUUCAAUGGCCUAAGGCAGUUCUAUACAGAAGGUCUGGCAACAAAUUACUGUAAGCAGAUAACAGACCAUUAAAUGGAACUUUAUUCAGCAAACUUUUGUCAGAUUUUGUAUGAAAAGCAGAUGUACUUUAUAAGUAUUAAACCAUGAACAUAAAUAUUAUUUUCAAAACC